AUGAAUUACGUAGAAAAUUUGCUUAUUUACGCAAGAAAUCUUUCACCAUUUUAUAUCUUCAGCAUGGUAAUAUCGCUAUGUGUUGUGCUGUUGACGGGAUAUCUUGGAUUCACGGGAUGUACCGCUACAUUGGAUCACGAUGAACGAAACGAACAGCAGCAGAAUAGCAGCGGUUCGCAUGAUAAAACCGCUCAUAUCAAAACAUCUACUCAAAACACGAAUGAUCUGUCCGACCGGUCGGAUGAUUCGACUGAAGACCACAGCAAUGAUAGCGAGCAAGAGCAGCAGCGGGAAAAUGAAAUCAACCUUCAGCUGCACAUCGAGUCGUUAGGCCAGUUGAAAUCAGCGAAACUGAAAUCGAUUGAAAAGUCACUAACCGAUGAACAACGCCAGGCGGAAAAGGAAAUUGAACGGGCCCAGUUAGCUGCAAUAUUUGAGCUUUUGAAAAAGCAGGCUGACUGUUCUAAUCUUAACGAGGAAGAUCUAAAAGAGCAGCUUAGUUUAUAUCGCUAA